AUGGGUGAACGAGGUCCAGAUCAAUGGUUAGAGCAAAUCAAAAAAUGUAUUGCUUUAUCUGAAUCAGAUAUGAAGCAAUUAUGUGAAUUGGUUAAAGAAUUAUUGAUGGAGGAGUCCAAUAUCCAGCCAGUUCAAUCUCCAGUCACUGUUUGUGGUGAUAUUCAUGGACAAUUUCAUGAUUUAUUAGAACUAUUUCAAAUUUCUGGUGGGUUGCCAACUGAUGAUAAUAAUACAAAUUAUAUUUUUUUAGGAGAUUAUGUUGAUCGUGGUUAUUUUUCUUUAGAAACAUUUACUUUAUUAAUGGUUUUAAAAGUUAAAUAUCCUCAUCGAAUCACUCUUGUUAGAGGUAAUCAUGAAUCAAGACAAAUUACUCAAGUUUAUGGUUUUUAUGAAGAAUGUUUGACUAAAUAUGGUUCAACAACUGUUUGGAAAUACUGCUGUCAAGUUUUUGAUUUCUUAACCUUGGCUGCUAUCAUUGAUGGUAAAAUAUUAUGUGUUCAUGGUGGAUUAUCUCCAGAAAUUAGAAUGUUGGAUCAAAUUAGAGUUCUUUCGAGAGCUCAAGAAGUUCCCCAUGAAGGUGGGUUCUGUGAUUUGGUUUGGAGUGAUCCCGAUAACGUUGAUACUUGGGCGGUUAGUCCAAGAGGUGCGGGUUGGUUAUUUGGUUCAAAAGUUAGUAGAGAAUUUAAUUAUAUCAAUAAUUUAGAAUUAAUUGCUAGAGCUCAUCAAUUAGUCAUGGAAGGUUUCCGUUACCAUUUCAAAGACCAAGACGUUGUAACCGUUUGGUCGGCUCCUAAUUAUUGUUAUAGAUGUGGUAACGUCGCUAGUGUCAUGCAAGUUGGUGAUGAUUUAGAACCAAACUUUAAAAUCUUUAGCGCUGUUCAAGAUGGUGAUUUAUCGGUUAAAAAUAAUACUAAUAAACAACAAAGAAGUGAUUAUUUCUUAUAG